AUGGGAUUGAUUCUGAUCAUAACCAAUUACAGUCGCCCCGAAUUGGGCCAAUACAAAUAUUUGAUGAUCACAUUUUCCACUUUCAACAUCAUCUAUCCACUAUUUCAUCUAAUACUGAUGCCGUGGAUGAUCCUCUAUUGGACUGUUUUAUACAACAAACAAAUCCUCUUGAUUGUCUUCCAUUUCUUAUAUCGAUAUAUUGUGGUUUGCCAACCAAAGUUAAUUGGUCACUUCAAAAAGUGGCCAAUCCGAGCACUUCUUGGUGUCUAUAUAAUGAUCGAUUUGGGGCUAUGGAGCUGGUUCUUCGAAACACAAUCGUGGGCUUUACGGGAGAAUCGGUGGAUUCUAAAGCCAGAUUUCAUGAAUUACUACAAAAUGGAUGCGGAUAAAGCCUCCAUUCUUGGACCACUUUACCGGUACAACGAUACAAAUGGAAUGACUGGAUUCAGACCGUACAAUCUCCUUUGUACAUCAGUUUGCAUGAGUCUUCUGUUUUAUAAAUUUUUGUUCAUGCUUUGGUUCACUGCUCGAAUCCAAAGGAGUUUCAAGGAAAAUCGAAUGAGUCAAAAAACAAAGAAGUUGCAAAUGGAGUUACUGAAAGCGCUCAUUGCACAGACAAUAUGCCCAUUUUUGAUGGAAGGCACGCCUUGUUUCAUCAUCCACUUCAGCGCAUUUAAUGGAAUUUAUUUGGGCAUGUGGGGAAGCUACACACUAAUCCCUGCUUCAAUGUACCCGUUGAUGGACGCGAUUUCGAUGGCUUAUUUUAUUCAAGAUUACCGACGAGCCUUUAUUUCAAUCGUUUUUCACCAAAAACUCCCUUUGAGUCGGGCAAAAGUCUUCGCCUCAAAGGAUAAAGUUGAGACGACGGGAUCGAUGGCUGCUAAACCGAUAGUUCAGAUACGAAUCUUUAACCUGGAACCACCU